AUGACAAACCGCAAAGACUUAUUUGAGAAUGCCCGUAACUCCGGCGUGCAGACCAAGCUCGCCAAGCUCUUUCACAUGGGGACCGACCGCUCCAUGGGGGACAGCAUCGGGCUGGAGAGCGAGUUGGUCAAGCGCUACUCUCUUAGCAACCCGGAGCGCAGAUUCGCCGAACUCAUGGAAGAUCCCCGUUACGCUGCUGAGGUCUCGUCUCUCCUUGCGAAAAAGCGCUCACAUAGGGGAUACCUCGUCACGGGCUUCAUGACGACUACAAACUCGGCCUGGUCAAAGUCGGCGACCGAUGACAAGUCCCUGAAGACCGGAGUUACCCUCGACCCAAGUCUCAUAACCAGCGGUGCUCCUUCUGGCUUGGAUAUCGGCGUCGAUACCAGCCACAACGUCUCCGGAUCGAAUCAAAGCGAAUGGGUCUCUCCGAACGAAGAGAUAUUUGCUGUUUCCUACGUCAGCUUGAAGUUUGAAGGCAGCGGUUUGUUGGGCCGAGGGCCAAAGAAACCGGUGAUUGGAGACGUUGUGCUGGCCAGCAACGGGCAUGCCGCCCUGUCUGUUGGGGUUCAAACACAUUCCGAUGACGGGGGAAGUGGAAGCGACAGCGGCAGUGACAGCGAGCAAGACGAUGAUCCGCCUGUAGGGGAGGUGGUUGUGUUGACAGAUGAGGAACCCGUUAUUGAGGGGAUUGACCAUUUCUUCGAAGUACCCAUCGGCUUCUAG